CUUUUGCUCUGAUGGGGCCCCCAUGUCCUGAUUUUGGUCCAUAAAUAGCCGACUCCUUGGCUUCAGUUCUCCCCUUUUCCCUCCCUUUCCUCUCUCCGGUUCACUCUUGAAGCGCCGGUUUUUCUUUCAUUAUUCUUGCUGCUUCCGCCAUGUUCUUCCAUGACGACGUCGUCCGAUCCCUCCAGUUCCCUUCAUGCACGCUUCAAUCCUUGCUGACUCCAGGUGAGGUAGAGGAGUUAUUGUCCCUCAUUCGAGGCGAGGAUCCGGCCAGUCCCAGCUCCGGUUCGCAAGCAUCAACCCGGGCACUUUACUCGUUGGACGAGAGAAGGCGCAGGCGCAUGCAGUCGAACAGGGAGUCAGCCCGGCGGUCCCGCUGGAGAAAGAAGAAGCAUUUAGAGAACCUCACGAGCCAAGUGAACCGCCUAAAAACUGAAAACCGAGAACUCAAAAACCAGCUGGGCUUCACCCUUCACCAGCACGUCAUAGUCUCCCUCGAGAACGCCCAACUAAGAUCCGAAUCCGAAUUCCUCAUGUCCCGGCUGUCGCAUCUAUAUCGGGCUCUGGAUACCACUCUAAGCCCCUAAACAAUAACCAGGAACAAAAGAAAGACUAUAUAUAUGUAGAGGUCUCACUAUAUAUACAAUAAAAACUCAUUCUCACGCCACACUGAACCAGAAACUGGUUCGUGGAUGGAGGUGACCCAUAUAUAAGUGAACUGUAAGUUAGGUGUUUGAUGUUUCUUUUGUUUUCUUUUGUUGUAAGUAGGAGAAGAAACGAAAGGGGUACUGGUUUGGAGAAGCCCCACGUCGUUGGAAGUACAAUGUAGAGACAUGAGAGGUCUUGCUUUUUUGAUAAUGUUAUCAUUACCUUUUUCUUUUAA